UAAGAGCCACAUCUCGGGAUUACGGGAACGGGAAGCACUACGACAUCAUAACAUUCCCCUAUCCAAAACUUUAUGGGCGUCAUAGAAGUGACGACAGUAGAUUAUAUGGUUCCAAACUUCUAAUUCGCCAGUGCCGCCGAAUCGAGUAUCUUAAGAACUGCAAUCCAUAUCGGGGAAAUUGUUUCUGUACCCUUUACGAUACAACUGGACAACUUGUCAGCCAUAAAGAUAAAAAUCGGUUAGCAAUUGCUGUUGCCCCCACGUAGCUCAUCGAAUGCGAAAACAAGAAAUCUAAUAAAAUCCCCACCCAUUUUAACGCGAAGUGUUUAUCGUACAGUUGCUCUGAUAUCAGAGAAACUACCGAUAAUUCUCCCCGUAACCGAAUUCUCCAGACCUUCAAUGUCGCCGUGCUUCGUAUAUCUUUAGGGAACCGAAGCGACUUGUACCUCAAUUGGAACUCGAAGGUUGAGGUCCCCGGUUGCGGGUGAAUUGAAGGAUAAAAAGACCGGAGCGGUCCGGCAGUGUUUAAUAGAGUCCUUAAGGUGGAAUUCCUUCAAGUGUUUGGAAGGAUAUAGAAGGACUUUAUAGUUGCAACAGAAAACCAGUGAAUAAAAAUCCAAUACAAAAUGAGUUUCAACUCCAAAUAUCACAUUGAUGUGGACUUUGAGGUGCCCAAAAAGCUGCAAUGGUACUAUGCCCCCGCCUUCUUCGGAUUCUGGCUGGUGCUCUACCUCUCACUGGUCAACACCCAGAUGAACCACAUGCCCCAACCACUGACCAGGAGCGACGAGGCCAGCCAUCCCGGUGCCUUCAUCGCCCAGCGGGCCGAGGACACUCUGAUUGAGCUGACCCGCAUCGGACCGCGAGUGGUGGGCAGCAUGGCCAACGAGGAGGCCGCCGUGGAGUUCCUGCGCGCCGAGGUGGCCAAGAUUGAGGCCGAGAUGAGCGACCGCCUCGAGAUCGAUGUGGAUGUCCAGCAGGCCAGUGGGGCCUACAUGCACUGGGAGAUGGUGAACAUGUACCAGGGCAUCCAGAACGUGGUGGUGAAGCUCUCCGAGAAGAACUCCACCAACGAGAACUUCCUGCUGAUCAACAGUCACUACGAUUCGGUGCCGGGAAGUCCUGGAGCCGGCGACGAUGGGUCCAUGGUCGUGACCAUGCUGGAGGUGAUGAGGGUGAUAGCCAAGUCCGACGAACCACUGGCCCAUCCCAUUGUCUUCCUCUUCAACGGAGCCGAGGAGAAUCCCCUGCAGGCAUCGCACGCCUUCAUCACCCAACACAAGUGGGCCAAGAACUGCAAAGCUCUCAUUAACCUGGAUUCGGCAGGAAGCGGUGGUCGGGAGAUUCUGUUCCAAUCGGGACCCAAUCAUCCCUGGCUGAUGAAAUACUACCGGAAUGUGCCGCAUCCUUUUGCUAACACACUGGCCGAGGAACUUUUCCAAGCUGGCUAUAUUCCCUCCGACACGGACUUUCGCAUCUUUCGUGAUUUUGGAGGAGUUCCCGGUCUGGACAUGGCUUACAUCUUCAAUGGAUAUGUUUACCACACCAAAUACGACAGGAUCAAUGCUUUUCCCCGGGCCUCUUUCCAGCACACAGGUGAUAAUGUACUAUCACUAGCCCGAUCCUUGGCCAAUGCUCCCGAGGUGGAUGAUACUGCUGCUCACUCCGAAGGGCACAAUAUAUUCUAUGACUUCCUUGGCUGGUUCAUGAUCUUCUACACGGAGACAACGAGCAUCAUUGUAAAUGUGGUGGUCACAUUACUUGCCCUACUGGGAAUCGGCAUAUCCCUUUACUUUAUGUGCGUUCGAUCGGGCUGCAGUUGGAAGGGUGUCCUGCUCCGCUUUUCCAUCACCGUGGCCAUCCAGUUCAUCUCUCUGGUUUUGGCCGUGGGUCUCGCCCUGCUGGUUGCUGUUUUUAUGGAUGGUGUGGAUCGUUCGAUGUCCUGGUUCACCUCCUCUUGGACUAUCUUUGGCCUGUACCUGGCACCCAUUAUCUUUGGGUUGAGCAUUCUACCGGCUCUGUAUCUGGAGAAGACGAAAAGGGAUCCCUUGGGACUGGGCUUCCGCAUCCAGCUCUUCAUGCACUCGCACUGCAUCUGCCUGAUUGUAAUAAUGCUCACCCUCACCGGACUGAGUAUCCGAUCGGCCUAUCUGAUAAUGCUCUGCGUACUUUUCGACAUCGUUGCGCUGAUUGUCAAUUUGGUGACAAAGUGGCACCGCAAGGCCUACUUGUUUGCCAUCGCCGUCACCGUCUGCCAGAUACUGCCCUUCGUCUACUUCACAUAUCUGUGCACCGUGGCUCUGGCCACUCUAUUGCCGAUGCAAGGACGAUCGGGAUCCUCGACAAAUCCGGAUAUGGUUAUUGCAGUUCUGGUCUGGGUAUUUUCUCUCAUGUUUGCCGGAUUCAUUGCCCCGAUAAUCAUGUUCUUCCGCAAGACUAGAACGAUAGUGCUGUGCUUCCUGGGAAUCACCAUUCUGUUCAUAAUUAUUGCUGUCACUAAUGCCGGAUUUCCAUACAAGGAAAAGACAUCUCCACAGCGUUACUCUUUGAUACACGCACACCGUCGUUUGCAUAAUGCAGAUGGAAGUACUCGAAUCGAUGAGUCUGGCCUGUAUAUUUAUCCCCAAGAUAGACGUUUUGAGAUCGCCCGAGACGACAUCGAUGCCAUUGGAGAGGCGCACAAAGUAAGUGACUUUUGCGACGAGGAGAUGUUCUGCGGCAUGCCCCUUUAUAAUCACCGUUGGAACAAGGCCCGGCAAUAUAGCCUGUGGAUCGAAACGUCGGAACAGCCAGAGAUACCCACCGAAUAUCCAAUGCUGGUUCUGCAGGACAGCAGCGAACUGGAGAGUCCUACGCAAAGGCGAUUCAAUUUCACUCUGGCAGGACCCUCUCACAUGGGAAUAUUCAUAAAUGUGAAAAACGAUGCCAGGAUACUGAACUGGUCCUUCAAUGACACGCUCAUCCGAGAGCAGGCGGAACCGCCGUAUAUGGUGUACUUCUCCUACGGACUGGACGACAGUCCUCUUGAGUUUACCAUCGAUGUUGAGGUAACCAGAUACAUGCUAAUUGCGUGUAAUUAUUUGGCUUACAACCGAACUGUUUAUUAUUUGCAGAAGACGACCUCAAUGUUUGACACACCCACCCUGGAGAUUGGCAUUGGGGGUCACUGGGUGACCCAGGAUAUCACUGCUAUUGAGAAACUCAGCAGUUACAUCAGUCGAUUUCCGUCCUAUGCCUAUAUUCAGGGCUGGGUGGGCACCUACGAGACAUGGUACUUCUAGGGCCAAGCCGCAAAUGAUAUUGCUUCUGAUUUACUAAUUGUAGUCAUUAAGCGUUAACGAUUAACUGUAUAGAAUCUGAAAAAAUUACAUAUUUUAAUAAACUACAAUACGAAUACUAUAAUUACAA